GUGGAUCAAUAGCCCCAAUCAUGUCGGCUUAUGAUGCAGCAAAACCCAUGGCAUGCGACCUACAUGAUCGAGCGCCGAAGUUUGCAAGCUCCAGCAGUGCCGACUAUCAGCGGUCGAGCGAUCGAUUGCUGGCUGCAGUCGCCACCUGUGCACCGACCGCAACCACUCACCCCUUGCUUACCGCUCGAGGCCUGUCAGACAAUGUCGAUGACCUCCCUUCAAGCAGCGACAACACAGCUAUCAGCUCGAUGCACAAGAGACAGUAUACCCGUGUACAGGACUAUGCUAUCAGCAUAUUCUUUGUCCAAGGUGUAAAAUUUCAGUCAUCAAAUGGCAAAUGGUCGUCGCCGCACCCGCUCAUGUCCAAAUUCGUUCAGCGCCUCACCGUGACCUGUAGAUGGAUGACAGGUCCUUGGUUCAGAGAGGUUCCCAAGUGUACCUUCGACUUUGCUGUGGUUGAUGGCGCAAGUGCGGAAGCAAAGUUUGUGGUCUGGGUCCUGAACUUCCCUUCUUGGACGGUCCACCUGUCCUGGCACGGUCUUAUCAGCCUGGACGGUACCUCCGACGAGGAGCGCGAGACAAUCUACCUUUUUCAACAGUGCUGCGAUGUCAAGUACAACACUACGCUGUCUGCCAAUUUUGUGCCUGAAAAGGCAUUCUUGAGCAAGACCGGCAAAAACGCGGAAGCGAAGCUUAUCUGCGAGCCGGGGCACGGCGUCAUUGAUCCGCCGACACGAGAAUGCGAAGAAUUCUACAAAACGGCUCGCGCACGAUACGACUAUGCAUCUUCGCACAGCUUUCGUGCCGAGCUCUUAGACGGCGAUCUUCACCCGCAAAAAUCCAUGGCAUGCGACCUCUAUGUCCAAGCGCUCGAGUCUGCAUCCUCGUGUCCUGUAGCAGCGGGCGGAGCGGUCAGUUCGCGCGGUCAAAGAUGCAAAGAUCCUAUGCAGAGGAGCGAAUGGACCCUUACUGUGCUGCUGCAACCAUCAUGUCGCGAUCCAUCUGGCUCUCCAGAUCGCUCUGUGGGCUAA